CAAUCAAGUUCGGCCUUUGAGCGAAACGGUGCUGMUGUGAAAGUGUAAAAGUGUCAAAGUGAACACCGUACGGAAGCGCCGACUGCGGAAUUCAAGUGUCAAACACUCAUACCAUUAGUCAUUACAUAAUACAUAUUUACAUCGGACGUAUCUGCCUUGCAUGAAAUUAGAAAAAUUUUUAUUUUCGAUUUCUCGUCUGUCUGGUGACGACUACUACUAUUGGAUACUACAUACCAACCGGGUUGCGAGUACGUAAAGGUCUAUUGUCCUAGACGCGGUCGAGGGCCAUAAAAGUGCCGAGUGUGGUAUCGUUCGCGGAAAUAUGGCUCGCCACAGGAACAUACGGACCACGCAAUAUUCCGAUGAUGAAUAUUAUGAUGAUGAUGAUGAUUAUUCAAAUUCAUUUGAAGAUGACUGUAUUUCUCCAAGUGAUGCAAUCUAUUUAAUUAAUCACAAAUCCAAGUUUGAUUCAGAUCAAGAUUUAACUGAUGCCAAAGUUAAUUCAUGUUUACAAAGAGUAACAGAAAUUUUGGGCUUUGAACUUGCCAAGGAUGUUGUAGCAGGACAUUUAAUUAAUAAUGAAUUUAAUAUUGAUAAAACUGUUGAUCAAAUAAUAAAUUCAAAAAUUAGUUCUACAAAAGUAAAGGACCAGCAACCUGCUGAUGGGAGGUUAAGUAGACCUCCUUCUGUUGUUAUUGCUUCUUCAUCAAAAAAUAAAGACAACAUCAUUGUUGGUUUUGGAAAUGCAUCUAUUUCAGGGUCAAAAAAUAAGAACUUAAUCGCAACACCUAAACAAACACCUUUUAGCACACCCAUAUGCUCACCAGCUGCAACACCUCGCAACCGAUCUCCUCAAAAUGUUCGUUUAGGAUCACCACGUGUAGAUCGCAAAUUAAAUUCGCCCAAGAGCAACAAAGUUAGARAUAAUCAAGAUUUAUCAACGUCCAUUCAUAAAGAUCAACUUUAUUUAAUUAUAAUUGGUCAUGUCGAUGCUGGAAAAAGUACUCUAAUGGGGCAUUUACUGUAUAAAUUAGGACAUAUACAACAGCGAACCAUACAAAAGUAUGAGCAUGAAAGUAGAAAGUUAGGUAAACAGAGUUUUCUCUAUGCUUGGGUAUUAGACGAAACUGCUGAAGAAAGAAACCGUGGUAUUACAAUGGACGUAGGUCAUUUGAAGUUUGAAACAAAAACUAAAGAUGUUACUCUGCUAGAUGCGCCUGGACAUAAAGAUUUUAUACCAAAUAUGAUUACAGGAGCUUCUCAGGCUGAUGCAACUAUGUUAGUUGUAGAUGCAACUAAAGGAGAAUUUGAAACUGGAUUUGACAGUGGAGGGCAGACACGAGAGCAUGCCCUCUUAAUACGGUCUCUGGGAAUUACUCAACUCGGAGUUGCAGUAAAUAAAAUGGAUACUGUUAACUGGUCUGAAGAACGAUUUGAGGAGAUCAAAACAAAACUUGGACUGUUUUUGAAACAAGCUGGUUACAAAGAAUCUGAUGUUACUUUUGUACCAUGCUCCGGGUUAAGCGGUGAAAAUUUAGCUACAAAAGCAAAUGAAGCAUUGCUAACCCGUUGGUAUAAUGGUCCUUGUUUAAUGGAUGUUAUUGAUUCAUUUAAACCACCUGAGCGGGCAAUUUCUAAACCAUUAAGGUUAUGUAUAAGUGAUGUUUUUAAAAGUUCAGGAUCAGGAUUUUCAAUUGUUGGACGAAUUGAAACAGGACAGCUUAGAGUUGGUGAUAAAGUUUUGGUACAGCCACAGGGAGAAGUCGCACAAAUUAAGAGUAUUGAAAUAGAUGAAUUGCCACAGCCAAUUGGAUUAGCUGGUGACUUUAUCAGUGUUUCACUUACUGGUUAUGAUGCUCAAACUAUUUACUCUGGUUGCGUUUUGUGUGACAUUUCAUUACCAAUACCAGUAACAUCAGUUUUAGAAGCACGAGUGGUUGUAUUUAAUGUGGACUUCCCCAUUGUUCGUGGGCAUCAGAUUGUAUUGCACUAUCAAAGUUCAUCAGAAUCAGCAGUUGUUAGUAGACUUCUAGCAGAACUAAAUAAAAGUACUGGUGAAGUCAUCAAGAAAAAUCCUCGAAUGAUAAAAAAAAAUACUCAUGCUCUAAUCAAAAUAAAUCUAUCAAGGCCAAUUUGUGUAGAAAUAUAUUCAGACAUCAGACAAUUGGGUAGARUAAUGUUACGGUCUGGUGGUACUACUAUAGCAGCUGGUCUUGUUACAAAAGUCAAUUUUAAUAAAUAAAUAAAUAUACAUGUUUUGGGAAAUAAAUUGUUUCACUCUUCCCUCUUAUUUUUUAAAUUAUUAAAUAAUUGGUGAAUACAUUUUCAAGCAUUGAAUAUUAGUAAUACAUUAUGAUUUAAUUUAAAAAAUAUUAUCAAACAUACAUACUUUUAUAGUCUACUGCCGGGUUGCAUAAACAAUUACUAUAAAUUUAAUCAAUCAAUAGUGAGGUAAUGGUCCCUUGAGCAUCAUUAAGUGGACAUUGAUUGGUUCAUUAAAUCUAAGUGAAUAUUAAUCUUUUUUUUAUGCAACUCGACUAUAGAGUAACAAAGUUUUCAAAUAAUUUUUCAUAAAUUCUUUAUCAGUCUUAAAACAUCAUUUGGRUAUUACCAUUGAUUAUAAAUAGUAUUAUAAUCAAUGGUAUUACUUAGAAUAAAAGUAUUAAAUACAAUAU